AAUGUAGAGUGUUGCUGACAACUCGCGGUGAUAGAGUAGCCAGGUAUGACCGAAUUGCUCCACCACACAAAUUAAAAUGUUUUGAUGAAAAUAAGAGUUUGGAACUCUUCUUCAAGGUGGCCUGGAAGGCCCAAAUGUAUAGCAAUGAAGACGAGACGAUAAAGAGUAUUGCAAAGGAAUUUGUUGCCAAAGCUUGUGGAUUACCACUGGCUAUUGUGGUGUUGGCACGUUGUUUAUCAUAUGAAAGACCAACAUUUUUUUCAUGGGAUAAUAUGUUUAAAUUCGUUGAUGUGUAUCUAGAGGAGGGUAACUGCUUUAAGGUAUUAGCUCUAAGCUUCAAUGAAUUACCUAAUCACUUAAAGUCUUGCUUUCUUUAUUUUGGACUCUUCCCAAAAAUUGUAUAAUCCAGAGGGACAGAUUGAUUCGACUAUGGAUUGCUGAGGGAUUUCUGGAACCAAGAGGGAAUUUAAGAAUGGAAGAUGUGGCCAGAGAUUGCCUUCAGGAGCUGAUGCAUAGGAACAUGAUCGAAGUUGCGAAGUGGAAAUCCAAUGGGGUACCUGAAUCUUUUGUUAUUCAUGAACUCCUCUGAAAAUUGGCAAACUUAGAAGGGGAGGACAGUAAAUUUUUAUAUAUCCUCACUCCGGAAUGUUCUCAUCGUGAAGCCCUCAAGGGUGGUAAUUGUCAUCGUGUAGCCCUCCAUGGUGGUAAUGAAGAUACCAUGUGUUCAAAUAAUCUCCGCUCACUCCUCUGCUUCACUGAAAUGUCUCAGUUGUCUCAUUGUGGACAACUCAAAUUACUGAAUGUGUUGGAUCUGGAGCAUGCCUUAGGUAUUGAAACCUUACCUGAUGAGGUGGGAAAACUUAUUUUUCUCAAGUACUUGAACUUAAGUCGAACCGGUUUAAAAAAUCUUCCACCUUGGAUUGGCAAUUUGUAUAACCUGCAAACUCUUAAUCUGUACAAAACAAUUGUUGUAUCUGUCCCCACUGAAAUACUGAAAUUGGUCAAGUUAAGGCAUCUUCUAUGCUGCAACAGAAAGAUAAGGUAUAACUUAUAUGCAGGUGAAGACAUUAGCUGGAUGCCUGAUGAUUUCAUUGCCAAGAGUGGUAGACGUAUCGAUCAACUAAGGGAUCUCCAGACACUAUGGUUUCAUACAGAUAGUUGGAUGGAGGAUGGCCUUGAAAUGUUGACCAAUCUUAGGGAAUUAGGUUUAACAGGAAUUAAGGGACUCAUGCAGAAUUUCGAAGAGGUGUUGUUCCAGGCCCUGGUCAAAUUGAAGCUCCUUGACGUUGUGUCCUUGGAAGAACAAGAAGAUUGCAAAAUAAUUCUCCCUUCAUUUUCAAGCCAUAGGUAUCUCUAUGAUAUCACCAUUAUUGGAGUCAUAGGGAAGCUACCUCACCUCAAUGACUUCCCACCAAAUCUUACAAGAUUGCGAUUGGCUUGCCAUCGUCUAAAGGAAGACAUGAUGGAUACACUCGAGAAGCUACCUGAACUAAAGGAGCUCAGGCUAGAUUGGCACCCAUACGAUGGAAUAGUUUUGAAAUGCUCUGCAGGUGGAUUUCCUAAACUCGAGUGUUUGACUCUCCUUUAUUUUGAUUGGCUAAGUUAUUGGAUAGUGGAGGAAGGAGCAAUGCCUAAUCUGAGGAUAUUGGACAUUAAUCGGAUUUUUGGGUUAAAAUGGAUUCCCGGUGGGUUGAGGCACAUCACAACAUUGCAGAAACUUUCCUUGACUAUGCCUGAGGAGUUCCUACAGAGGGUUAAGGAAGGUGGAAAAGAUUGGGAGAAGAUCAAACAUGUACCUUUCAUCAAUACAAAGGAAGAAGAAACCCCACAAGUGAUAUCCCGAUACCUUCCUACAAAGGUAAGUGAGUGGAUCAAAUCUACUGGGCAAGAAAUCCCUAAGGAUCACUAAAUAAAAAUCUCAUGGAUCCAACUAGCUUCACAUUGAGAGUAGUUCAUCCAACUGUUCAGCUGGUGGCUGUUGAAAUUUUCUAAGGAGUUUUCCUUGCAAGAUGCAAUCAAAAGAGCACUGGACCAUAGGAAAUAUGAUGGCUGUUUCCUUUCAGUUUAAUGUCUUAGAAAAUAGUAAUAUUUAGCCUUCGUUUACUUGUUCGUUUCUCAUUCUUGCCAUAUUUGAAGGACAACUUGAACACAUGUCGUAUCUUUUGCUUGUUAAGUGAAUUGUUCUAUAUCAGUUUGUGUGAGAAUUUUCCAGUGCAUAUGGAUCUUGAUAUUUGUUAUCUCUAUUUCCACUUAUGGCAAAGUGGUGAUAGUAAUGAUUUAUGUCGUUGUUGUCUGCAAAAUGAAAUACAAGUAUUAAAAGCAGAUGCUGAUGAUUUAUCUGUACUAUGAUCAAUGCUCAAUGGAAGAAAGGAUGUCUUUGUUCCUUUGAUGAUUCACAUUCGUAGUGCAUCAUAGUGUACCCUUUCUUGUAAGAUUACUUGACAAUGCUCAUUACUUUGUAUCUUUGUUAACUGAUGGAGGUGAGGUUUGAAUAGAUCUAUACAUCUCUUUGUGUUGAA